AUGUGCAACGACAGUAACCCCACUCCCCCACCCGCCGCCAUUGCGGCUGAAGAGAUCCAGGACGACAAUGCUUCAUUCAGUGGUGUGAGUACCUCAGAAGUUACGCCACGAAACAUCGGCAGAAGAAAACUGACCCGGUGGCUUCAGGGAAGUAUCGCGUCAUCUACCUCGACUGUCGCGGCCUCGAUUCUCGAGUCCAGGUUAGAGAAUGGGAGAACGUAUCACAAGUACAAGGAAGGGAAGUAUUGGGUACCCAACGACGAGAGAGAGAAGGACAGACUCGACAUUGUGCAUAACCUCUACCUUUUGACUUUCGACUACUACCUUGGAAACGCGCCGCCCGCCAGAGAGGACUCAAAAGUCGGUCGCGUGCUUGACGUCGGCACGGGCACCGGCCUGUGGGCAAUUGAAUUCGGAGAGGAUCACCCCGAGGCCGAGGUUGUCGGCAUCGACCUGUCGGCUUCCCAGCCAAACUUCGUCCCUCCUAAUGUUCGGUUCGAGAUUGAUGAUAUCGAGGAACCGUGGACUUUCAGCAAUCUCUUUGACUACAUCCAUAGCCGGAUGAUGAAAGGCAGCAUUCGCGACUGGAAAAAGUUCCUCCAGAGAUGUUUCGAGAAUCUCAGCCCCGGGGGUUAUCUCGAGCUAAACGAUGUGGACUUCUUCCCCUUGUCAGACGAUGACACCAUCCCCAAGGAGAGCAAACUUAUUAGGGCCUUCCAGCUCUGCUUCGACGCACUCGAAAAGCUCGGGUCCCCGUUUGAGGAGUUUAGUCUCUUCGAGGGCCUGCUCUCAGAGGUCGGGUUUCAAGACAUCCAAGUGCAGCGGUUCAAAUGGCCCACGAACACGUGGCCUAAAGACAAGAAGCACAAGGAUCUUGGCGAGUGGAACCACGAGAACCUGUCGCCCAACCUGGACGGGCUUCUAAUGGCGCCGUUAACGCGGGCUUUGGAUAUGACCCAGGCCGAAGUCUACAUUACGGCAAUGGAGGCUCGCAAGGAGCUCGCGGAUAGAAACAUUCACGCCUAUUUCAAUGUGUAG